UCCUCUUUGCAGCUCGGGCUCGAGCCUGGAGGCGGGCGCACCGAGGCGUGAUGCGGCCGUGACGUAAUUCAGUCGGGGAUCUUUAAUCCUCUGCCGCAGCAGCAGCACAGCCCGGUAACCAGAGGAGGGGGUAGCACGGUCGGACAGGAAUGGACCGCACAGGCUAAACUAGCCUACUCCAAGGCCGAAAUAUCUCGGGCUUUAGAUAGAUGAUAAUAUAACCGAGUAAAACAGAGAAUACGACCAGAACAAGCCGACUCUUAGCGCAGGCCGGACCCCCUCCUCUCUGUCUCUGCCUGUCGCCUACAACCUAUUCACAGACAUUUUCCUAUUAAAGAGACCUCACUUAGACACGGUGGUUAAAUUACAGCUUUAAACGCACAUAGUUGCUUCAUUUGAACGCAGAAUUCGGUGUCUUUUAGCCGGCUGACGGAUACUACGCCUCGUCCUGCCGGUUUCCUGCGGUCAGUUGCGUCCCGGUUCGCCCUUCAGCGCCGCUUGUUCCUGUCAGCUGCUGCGCAUCAGCAAAACAUGCAGGAUGAGCCUGUGGGGGUGACAACCACGCAACUACCCCCGUCAACCGAGGAGAAGGACAGCAACAGCAGCACGGUCAGCAAAUCCGGCAAGAAACCGAACCAUACCGACAACCGCGACAGCCAGCUGAGCUCAUCCGCACCGGAUUACAACCGUCUACACCAGAAGAUAGCUUUCCCCGGUUUCACUCGAGAUCAUUUCUGCCCGACGCAGUCUUUCUGUGACCUUCAGCACAGCCGAAAAAUACAUCAGCAGUUAAGUCAGCACACUGAGUUGAGUCCCACAGAGUCGCCCCCACCCCCGGGACAUUUCAUUCACCUGCCGCAGAGGCAGCCCGAGCACCGCGCUGCCGGCCCAGGCUGCGGCUCUCCACUGGAAGCGGCUGAAGCUGAUGCUGCGUCGCCAUCGCCCACUUCCGUAAACCCAAACAAGAUCCAAAUGGACUCCCCCAUCGCCCACCAUAUAAAUGGCAAUGGCAGCAGCAGCACCGGCAACAUGUUGUCCGGAGGUCUCAGCGCCGCUUUCCCGAACCUCCCCACCCAGGACAUGCAGAGCGCCGGCGUAGGCUCGUCUUCAUCUUCCCUCCCCGGGUUCGGCACCCCGUGGUCCGUCCAGACCAGCUCCUCGCCCCCUCCCGCACCCAACUCCAUCAACAACCCCAUCCACGCCAACGCCAUUAACCAGAUGCCCAACAGCGCGGACUCUGACAACAGCUUCUACCCAGGUAUCCCCUCCUCCAUCAACCCGGCCUUCUUCCAGAGUUUUUCGCCAGUGUCAGCUAAUCCGUGCGCCGGGAUUAAUGUGCAGGGCUUCAGCGGUCCUUUCUCGCCCCAGAUAAACGUCCCUCAGCAGGCACAGAGUCGCAGGUCCCCGGUCAGUCCCCAGAUGCAUCCCCAGCAGGGCGCCUUUCUGCAGCAGAGAAACAACUACAACCAACAUCAGCCUAUGGUGAAGCCAUCUCCAUGGGGCGGUCACCAGGGGAAUGGCUGGGGCUCCGGGGGGAUGUCCUGGGGCCGGGACCACCGCAGAGGGACUGGCAUGGGCGUGCCUGGCUCAGUCAGUCACGUCUCGCCCCUGAAGAAGCCCUUCUCGAGCAACGUCAUCGCUCCCCCCAAGUUCCCACGCUCUGGAGGAUCACUGGGGCCUAAGUCCUGGAUAGAGGAGAACAUGUUUCGCACAGACAGCAACAGCAACACUUUGUUGCCCCUGCAGGAGCGCUCCAGAAUGUACGACAGUCUCAACAUGCACUCCCUGGAGAGCUCCCUGAUUGAUAUCAUGCGAGCUGAGCAGGAUCCGAUGAAAGGCCGUGUGGGAUGCCCUAACCCCGGGGCUGACGGCCUACUCAUGCUCAAUGCCAGGAGCUAUGGGAGACGUCGAGGCCGCUCCUCCCUCUUCCCUAUUGAUGACAAUCUCCUCGAUGAUGGCCACGGCAACCAGGGUGUACCAGGAGUCCUCGGCUCCCCCAACUGUUACCCCCACCAAAACGGGGAACGCAUCGAGCGUUUCUCCCGUAAGGUGUUUGUGGGAGGUUUGCCCCCUGACAUAGAUGAAGAUGAAAUAACUUCAAGCUUCCGCCGCUUUGGUCACCUGGUGGUGGACUGGCCACACAAAGCAGAGAGCAAAUCCUACUUUCCACCUAAAGGAUACGCAUUCCUGCUGUUCCAGGAGGAGAGCUCAGUGCAGGCUCUGAUUGAAGCCUGCAUGGAGGAGGAUGGAAAGCUCUACCUGUGUGUCUCCAGCCCCACCAUCAAGGACAAACCUGUGCAAAUUCGACCUUGGAACCUGAGCGACAGUGAUUUUGUGAUGGACGGAUCUCAGCCCCUCGAUCCCCGCAAGACCAUUUUUGUGGGCGGUGUCCCUCGUCCCCUGAGAGCAAUUGAGCUGGCCAUGAUUAUGGAUCGCCUCUACGGCGGAGUCUGCUACGCAGGUAUUGACACCGAUCCAGAGCUCAAGUACCCCAAGGGGGCGGGGCGAGUGGCCUUCUCCAAUCAACAGAGUUACAUCGCUGCCAUCAGCGCGAGAUUCGUCCAGCUGCAGCACGGAGACAUUGACAAGCGGGUGGAGGUGAAGCCCUACGUCCUGGAUGAUCAGCUCUGUGAUGAGUGUCAGGGUGCACGCUGUGGAGGGAAAUUUGCUCCCUUUUUCUGUGCUAAUGUCACCUGUCUGCAGUACUACUGCGAAUUCUGCUGGGCCAACAUCCACUCCCGCGCCGGACGAGAGUUUCACAAGCCCCUGGUUAAAGAGGGAGCUGACCGCCCGCGCCAGAUUCACUUCCGCUGGAACUAGAGAUGUGACUACAGCCAUGGUGACACAGUCAGAGGGAAGGGAAAUGAAACACUGGCUAACAGCAAAAAGAGUGUCGCUCUGCCACUCCUGCUCUCCUAAGCUAUCAGUAUAAUCGAGUACGUAACACAGUAUAUACUAUAUAUAUCUAUAUAUCUUUUGUAGCAGCCAAACACCACAAGCCUCAGUUUUUCACCAAAACCCCCCUCACAUCUCAGGCUCUGACAACUCUACAACUCUUUUGUGGUACUUUCAUCUUUUCUAAGAGGAGAUUUAAAAAGAGAUUGAUUUUUGUAGGUUUUUUUAUUAUUAUUAUUUUUGUAUGUGAGAUUUAAAGUAGAUAUGGGAAUGUUUUUGCAUGGGGGCAGCUCGUCUGUCUGUUUGUCUGCUGCUAGCCACCCUACAGUGCGUGUAGUGCACACUUGUUUCUGGGAAAACCUUGAUUCUCUAAUGUUGACGCCUGCCAUUAACCAAAGGUAGCAAAAAGAUAGGACGCAUAAAAUUGACACAUUUUCUGCCGCAAAACAAAAACGGUUGUUUUGUAACAUUACCAUGGGCUCUUUCUUCUUGUUAGAGGGUUUAUUAAAAAUGAUAUGAUAGGGUUAUUUCUGCGCUCAUACUGACCCAUAGAGUGAUACCUCAAAAUACUAAAUCUGGUUUCUGCUAACUGUAUUCAACAUUUAUACUUAACAAGCUAUUUUAGAAGCUUUGCUGCUAUAUAUACAUAUAUAUGAAUAAAUGUGUAGGUAUUAUAUUUAAUGCCAUUUAUAAACCAGAAUCAUGUAAAAUGAAAUGCAGUAUGCACUCAACCACUAAUGGCCCCCAUUGCCAUGGAAAGUGCAUGUUUGCGACAAUAGGCUUAGUUACACAAAUAGCAUGCAGGAUAUAUGUGAGAAAAACAAAAACAAAAAACAAACCACUGAAGUCAUAAUUAAAAGACAUAAAAGUCUAAAGUGAGUAGCAUGACCAUCAUUUACAGAGGCCUAAGAGGGAAAAAAAAUCAGACAAAGCUAAAUAAGUAAAGAAAAAAACAUAUUUAAACUUGCAUGCAUUGAUGUUUAUCUGUUGUUUACAUACUUAAUGAUACAAAAAGUGAUAUUGGUUCUACUGUAGACUUAGUGGACGCCAUCAUUUUGUGACACAUGAUGGCCUGUAUGGCAAAAAAAAAAACUCCUGUCGAGAAGCAGAGUGGUGUUCAGUGGUUUGUGUUUGUGUCGUCCCUGUGCUGUGUGACUGUUUCUAGUGUAGACUGAGGCUCUAGUUUAGUUACCAACAGAUGACGUAGAGGAGAAAUCAAACAUCAAAAUUACUCCUGCCUUCACACCUUCCUAUCCCGCAUCUUUGUAUGCUUCCAAAGGUUAAUCUGAUAGUAGCACCGCCCUCCCAGACCAAAUGCAAACAAAAAGACUGGAUCGUGGGCCUCUAGACUGAAGGUCGCGUUAGGAAUCAUCCUUAGGACAUUUUGUAAUGACAGUCACGCUGUGUGGCUGCGGCUCUGUGAAUCCAGGGAAACUCUGGCUCAGUUAUGAUGAGGACGAUGACACUUGGUCUCUUGGCGUGCUAAAGAUGAAGCUCUCCUCUCUUUGUUUGUGCUGUUUGUCUGUUUGAUUUCCACCGUGACCCUUGAAUUACUCUUUAAGAAAAAAAAAAACUAUUUAGGGACAAUCUUUCUGUGAGGACGGUGGCCCAGCCGUCCAUUUGGUACUGUACAAGUGUGUCGCUCUCGUGUCGUCGUUGGUUUUUGUGCUCCACGCCCUGGUGUAUCGGUGUUCAGGCGUCAAGUGUGUACUGUUACAAAAACCUUAAUGAAACUGAGACUCUAAGUUCAUUUGCUUAUAGUUGAGUCAUAUAAUUUAAUUUGUUUGUGUCAACUACUUACCCAUCACUGGCCCUUCAAUAUGUUUUUUAUAAUAUAUAUUAUGCACUACUUUUUCUAUAUCCCCACUCAUUUGAUUUCUUAUCCACCCCCCCUUAAGUGAUUUCAGUGCAGAUUCUCUGAAACCUCCACCUAUUUAUGAUUCUACAAAUGAUUUAUUAAAUUUUAUUUUUUCAUGAUUACUUAUUUAAGAUGUAGCGUGAAGCAGUGGUCUUAAGUUAUCUAUAUUCUGUAUGAGUAGAGCAGGAAUCCAAUAUGUUCUAAUAUAUUCUAAUGUAGUCUGGAUGUUGUGGGGACCGGGAGUCAGAGAGCGGUGGAGGUGAAAGUUAAGUUAAGUAAGCUCCCGUCGUCCCCCCUUGUGGCUUUAGUUCUCAUGAUGCGAAACAUGUUUGAAUAUCGUCACCUGUAACACUUGACUCGUGCUGUUUUUGUGAGGUUCUAUUUUCUAUGUUGAACACUGUUACUUUCUUCUGUAUGUGUCUUUGUUUUUGUAAAAAUCAUAUUUAUUUCACUAUUUUUGUAGACAAAAAAAAAAAAACUAUUUGAUUUUGAUUGUAUUUUUCUAUUUGAAUAGGACUAUUAUACAAUUUAUUUCCCCCCAGUGCUAAUUAUGUCCAAAAGUUCUGUUCAAAGACAAAGAAUCAUGUCAUUAGUAACUACAUCAAAGUUUUUGAUAUACAGUUGAUCUUAUUUUGAUACACAUGACACAUUUCAUUUGAAGGAAGGAAACAUGAAGGUUUUAUUAUAUUCUUGGAAGACACUUGAGAUUCUCCCCUGUUGCAUCGAGGCCCCAGCUGCCUGUCCUCGUAGAUGCUCUGAAACUUGAAUAUAACACAUUUUGAAAGGCUGACUAACCUCGAAUCUGUGUUGUGAUGUGCAAUACUGUUUCUAAUGUUUGUAUAAAAGUAAGAACUACAGUGUAAACCUUUUUAAUGCAGAUUUAUUUUUUUCAUUGCAUAUUUUGCAGAUUUCUGAUCCACAGUGUCAUUUUUUACUGUCAGAAAAAUAAACCCCGUUUUUUCAUUGCAACUAUUUUUAAAUCCAGAUAUCUUUGUACUGAUGUAAAUGAUUGUAGUUAUUUUGGAUAGUGUUUUGCUAACAAAAGGAGAGACUUUUUCAUGCAUAUUUCUAUUUCAUUUCAUCUUGUUUUAUCCCACGUUUUGUUUCAUUUAAUAGUAGCAGAAUUCUUGGAAUAUUUUUUUCAUAUUUAAAUGUCAUUGGUAUUAUUUUGUAUUUUUAUGUGGAAAUACACUAUAUAUAAAUUUAAGAUGCUAAUUGCUAAGAUAUUAUUUUGAGUUUAAUUAUUUUUAAAGCUAAAUAUUUGUAAUUUUAUUGUUAAAGUGACUAAUUUCUAAAUCAGAGUUUGUGUAUAGAUUCACAAAAGUGGUUUAUGAGGUGUUUGGAUUGUAAUUAUUACUGAAUGGUUCUUUGAUAUGCAAAAUUAAUAUCAUGUUUAUUUUUAUUUUUGUUGGUUUUGUAUUUAAAUGGGGUGUUGAUUACAAUCUUUUUUUUCUUUCACUUCCUGAAUAAAGACCCAUUUUGUUUGGAAACAA